UAUAUAAUGGUUAAAACUGUGGAGGAUAUAUUCGGUAUUGCGAUCAAUCCGUUUACGGAGAAGGCGCAGGUGGUACGUCGUUAUACGAUCAGCAAUUCGAAUCAUCUUUCCGUGUCAGUCAUCCAAUUGGGAGCGACAAUACAGAGAAUCAGUUGUCCGGAUGCAUACCAUAACGUGGAAGAUGUUGUCUUGGGUUUUAAUGAUAUUGCCGGCUAUGAAGCGAAUCGUGAUAAAAGAUUCGGUUGUAUGUUGGGUCGUGUGGCAGAUCGGGUGGCAAACGGUGAAUUCAUUAUGGACCGGCGAAAGGUGCUCGUAACGAAGAAUCUAAAUGAUAAACAUCAAAUUGAUGGCGGUAACAUUGGAUUCGAUAGGAUCAUUUGGGAUUUGCAUAUGAUUCGUCCCGAUGGUGUGACCCUUUGUCAUGUCUCGGCGGAUGGACACGAGGGUUAUCCAGGUGAAUUGACUGUCCUACUCCACUUCACCAUGGACGAUGACAACCGUUUCUAUAUGCGAAUCGAGGCAAGAUCAGAUCAAACAACUCCUGUAAAUAUCAGUAAUCAUUGUUACUUUAAUCUGGCCGGACAAAGGGCGGGCCGAAAGGGUAUUCUGGAACAUCGUCUGGUAAUAGCCGCCGAUCAUACAAUCGAAACGAAUGAUGAUUCAAUGCCAACGGGCCGAUUUUCUGUUGUAAAUAAUACGGUUUAUGACAUGCGAGUACCCGCAUUUAUUGGGGAUCGUUUGAGACAGUUUGAGAAUAAGUCUGUGCCCGGUUUCGAUGUGUGUUAUGCCAUCGAUAAAGACUUUGAUGCAAAUGUCGUACACUUUGUUGGCCGAUUUUUGCAUCCCGAAUCCGGUAGAUUUAUGGAGAUUCAUAGUAAUCAGCCGGGCAUGAGAUUUUGCACGGCCAACGAAUUUCCGGAUGAUACACGGGAUGAGGAACCGAUUAUGGGCAAGGACUGUGCCAGAUAUUUUCAGUUUUCCGGCUUUAGCGUUCAGCUGGAAAAGUUCCCCGAUACCAUGAACAACCUAGACUUUCCCACAGCAUUCAUAAUGCCAAGUGAACUGUACUUUCACGAGACCAUCUAUACAUUUGGAGUACAGGAAUCCUGGAAAUGUUGCGCCCUUCCGGAGGAAUUAGAAGAGCUCGGUGACGAUAUCGUUAGAUACACUUAGAUAUGCCAUUAUUAUAUGGGGAUUAAAUAAAUGUUUCGUUUGGCGUCAACUAAA